AUGAACUAUCAGCGUAUGGCGAUUGAGAAGGAGGCACCUGAGGAAGUUGGUGCCGUCAUCAAGUAUAACCUCUCUGAGAGUGCCAUUUCGGACCAGACGCCGGAGUCUCUGAGCAUCACCAUCCCCCCCGCCCUCGUCCUUACAUACACGGAGCAUCGGGGUAGCCGUAAAAUCCGCUCUCUCGUCGCGCAAGCUUCCGGCGGGUCUCUCACCCCGGACGACGUCCUCGUCACGGCGGGUGCCUCGACAUCGCUGUUCAUUGUCAACACCGCUCUUCUUGGCCCCAAGGAUCAUAUUGUCGUCACUCGCCCUAAUUAUGCAACCAAUCUGGAAGUACCGCGCUCCAUCGGCUGCGAUAUUACUUAUAUCGAUCUCGAAUUCGAAUUGCAAUUCUGCCUGAACGUCGAUCGGAUCGCCGCCGCAAUCCGUCCCGGCAUCACGAAACUCAUCAGCAUCUGCUCCCCCAACAAUCCGACUGGUACCGUGUGCAAAGCGUCCGAAAUCCAAUCCCUCGCAUCCCUCGCCAAAGAAAAACAAUGCUACCUCCUCGUCGACGAGACAUACUUGGACCUCAAUUACGACUCCAGUGGAGAAAAUGCGAUCCCAACAGCUGCUUCCCUCGGCAACCAUGUCAUCACCGUCUCCUCCAUGUCCAAAGCCUAUGGCGUCCCCGGCAUCCGCAUCGGCUGGCUCAUCACUAGCAACCCCCUACUUCAAGGGACUUUCCUCGCCGCCAAAGAGCAAAUCAGCAUCAGCGGGAGCGUCCUCGACGAGCUUGCUGCCGAGCAGGUUCUGUCUCGCCGGGCCGAACUCCUGCCCAAAACCAUUGCCGACAUGCGGCGCCGAAGGGACCGCGUUGCGAGUUGGGUUGACGAAGAGAGCGAGUUAGUGGAGUGGGUGAGACCGGAAGCGGGCGUCAUGUGCUUUAUCAAGAUGAAAAAGGAUCCCGCAGGGGGAACACAGGCGUUUUAUACGAGACUGUUGGAAAAGCAUGGCGUGUAUGUUGGGCGGGGAACUUGGUUUGAGAGAGACGACAGGUUUUUUAGAUUGGGCUAUGGAUGGCCGACGUGGGAGGACCUGGAGACGGGGCUGAAUGGCAUUUCCAAGGCGCUUCGGGGAUGA